AUGUGUUGGCUCAGAGACCAAAUCAAGACUUUGGACUUUUUUAUUGUUUAUAAGGUGUUCCAGGUGAGGAAGGUCCAAGGAGCCCAAGCAGGAAAAAUAUUUGCUAUGAAGGUUCUGAAAAAGGCUAAAAUCGUGUGUAACGCUAAAGACACGGCGCACACCCGAGCAGAGCGGGAGAUCCUGGAGAAAGUGAGACACCCAUUCAUCGUGGACCUGCUGUACGCCUUCCAGACCGGAGGAAAGCUCUACCUCAUCCUGGAGUGUCUGAGCGGUGAGACGGGAACGAUGGACGACAUGAACUGGCUCAGGGAGACGGGGUUUUGUUAGGAAGAGAGAACAAAAAAUAGAAAAAGUUCAUUUACUUUGAUGGAAAAAAUUAAAAGUGAAUUGGAUAAAAGUAGGAGUUUUAAUUUCAGGUGAAAUAUUUUAAUCAAAAUGAGCAGAAAGACGGACAAAAAAAACAGAAGGAAAAAUUAUAAAGAAACAAAACA